CUUCCUUCCUGCCUUGGAUUCAGCAGCAGCUUUACCUGCAUAUAUACACCAAGAGAGAUGGUCAGAUAGAGCUAGCUAGCAGGCAGCUCUGAGCUUCCAAGAACACGGCCAUGGGCUGCAGGUGAUCACCAGCCGAGGCGGCAAUGGCGGCGCCGCGGCUCACGCAAUGCCGUGGUGGGUUGGAGCUGGAUCCCAACCACUGUUAGGAGCAGGAGAAGAAUCAUUCAGCCAAUUAAGCAACGCAAUCAUGGACGACAGCCGACUGCUGCAGGACCACCACCACCACCAGAUCCUCGCCUCCGGCAGGCAGCUGCACCACCGCGCCGGCGACUCCAGCCGCCACCACUUCCCGGCAAUGCCGCCGGAGCGACAGCACCACCCUCCUCCACCAGCCGAAAGCUCUGUCAUGAAGUUCCCAAUCAUCUCAGGUGACUCUGAUCUUUGCAAAGAUAUGAAGUUCCAUGAGUCUUCUGUGCCGACCAUCGCCGCCUACUCGCCAUUGCAGGAGUACCAAGGUCAUUUUGAGCUGGCCCUUGGACAGUCCAUGGUUUGCACCAAUUUUUGCAACUCUGACCAAAGCUAUGGCGUGUACUCCCCAUAUGGAGCUCAAGCCAUGGCUGGGAGGAUGCUUCUGCCGCCGGCGAUCGCCACCGACGUCGGGCCGAUCUACGUCAACGCGAAGCAGUUCAACGGCAUCAUCCGGCGGCGGCUGGCCCGCGCCAAGGCGGAGCGGGAGCACCGGGUCUCCCGGAGCCGGAAGCCGUACCUCCACGAAUCGCGCCACCGCCACGCCAUGCGCCGCGCGCGGGGCAGCGGCGGCCGCUUCCUCAACACCAAGAACAUCUCCGCUGCUGCCGCCGCCGGCGGCGACGGUCCACGGAGCGCCGACACGGCGCCGCUGAGCUCCGGCGGCGGCGACCACGGGGCGAGCAACAAGAGCUCGUCGGCGUCGGAGGCGACGCGCGUGUACCCGGCGCACCACCACCACCACCACCACCACGACAACGACAACAUGGGCACCGUCGGCGACUUCCACCACGCCAUGGGGCACCUCCGCUCGCCGGCGUUCUUCCCGUCGCUGGCCGCGAUGAUGGACGGCGGCGGCGGCGGCGAGGGGAAGUGGACCACCGCGACGCCUCACGGGUGCUGCGUUGACCUCCUCAAGGUGUGACCGGCGCCGGCGGCCGUCGCCGGCGGCUCUCGCCGGCGCCUGGCUGGCAAUUCAUCCUUGGCUGCAGUAGUAGUAGGAGAUGCUCAUGCAAUGCAAGUCAGAUUCAUGCAACUGAUGCAAACUGCUUCUCAGUUGCACCUGUAAAAAAGAACUAGAGUUUGAUUUGAUUUGAUGCAGAAUUGUUUAAAUCUUUGGCUAUUUUUUGAAUGUUCUUUGAUUUUUGAUGUUUAGUUCAUCUUGGUGUUUAGGUGAUUAGGCUCAUGAAGAUGUUAACAUCGUCUGAAAGAGAGUGUUUACAUUGUGAAACAAACCAGUCAGGCUUUGCUAACAGUGAUG